AUGGAAGUAUUAGAAAAAGAUGAAAAGAGUAGAAACAAGUUAGUUGGAAUAAUUGGGGAAAUAAAGGAGUUGGCAAAGGGAACAGUUAAAAUUGGUUCUACGGCAACAAACUUAGCAAAAGCAGGAAAAAGUGUAAAAUUAUUCAGAGAGACCAACAAUUUGCAAAAAAUAACACAAGCAGCACUACCUGAACUUAAUGUUGUAGCCAAUGUAAGAACAGCUUCGACACAAGAAUCACUAAAAGAGUUAGAUGAAAUAAUUGAAAGUUUAAAAAAAGACCUAGAAAAUCUCGAAACUAGACAAUUAGAAGCACAAAUUGAAGUUUCUUCUGAAUGGAAUUGUCGAGUAAUGUAA